ACUAGCGAAAAAAUCUUGCCUGAAGAAAAUUCAUCCUUAUCAGCCGAUUUGGAGGAUUAUAUAAAAAUGCUCACAGAAAGUCUUGACGAUGAGACUGCUUAUUGGUCAGCAGGUAUAUCUUCACUAAAGCUGAAGCAACCAGGAUUCCAAGACCUUGAACAGGAAGAG